AUGAUCAAAUGCCCGAAUGAUCGAACAGUCGAAUGGUUGGAUGGCCAAGUGAUCGAACGACCGGAUGAUCGAAGUGUAAAAGAAUUGGAAGAUAGCUACAGCUCAAUCAGUCAAGGUCGACUGUAUGCAUUCCAAAUGGAUGUAACCGAUGACGAGAGUGUCCGAAAAUCUCGAGAAAUCGUAGACACUGUUUUGAGAGAAAAAAAUCUCGUCUUUCACGCUCUAAUCAACAACGCUGGAGUGCGGGGCAAUAUCUUCUACGAUGACUUUUUGACCGUGGACGACUAUAAAGACGUGUGGGAAGUGAAUACGUGCGGCGUAAUUCGAGUAACGCAAACGUUUCGUGAUCUUAUCAAAAAGUCCAGAGGUCGAAUAGUGACAUGCAGUAGUGCUUGCACAUUAUUUACAUCGCCGAGCCAUGGUCCCUAUGCAUCUUCAAAAUUUGCUGUUCAUGCUUAUACUACUGUAUUGAGACAUGAAUUGCAACCAUAUGGAAUAAAUGUAAUAGAAAUAGUUCCGGGAUCAUUUGAAACCGGAAUGCCAAAUCUCGAUGAUAUGCAAAAAAUGUUAGAUAUGAUAUGGUCUCGAGCAUCACAAAAAUUACGCGAUGAAUAUGGAAACAAUUAUAAUGAGAAAGCAAAAAAAUUUCUAAAAGAUUUGGGACCAAAAAUGUGGGCAAAAGAUUUCACAUGUGUUACCAAUUCAUAUUAUGAAGCAAUCAUUGCAAAACGACCAAAACUAUUAUAUCAAAUUGGCUGGGAUGUGUUACUUACAUUCUAUCCAUAUUCAUUGUUUCCGUUACGCUUACAACUUCAUAUUAUGAAACUUCUAAUGCAUUUGCAUCGAGCACCACUACCGGCAAUAACGACAAUGAAUCCAGAAAAUCACAAAAUGAAACAUAGUUAA